GAAGUGCAACAUCCUUCCGAAGCACAGCAUGAGCAGCCAAAGGCCGUGCUCGAGCAUAGACUACCACAACCUGUACCUAGCUUGAGUAGAGCCCCGUAUCGAUAUGUUGCACCGAAGAUACACACCGAUGCAUCUGAGGACCAGGAGAAUAUGCCACCACCAACUUUCAAGCGAAACAAGGACCAGGAUUUCAAGUAUCUAGGUCAGCGCCAGGUUGUCGUUCUGUCAGAUGGUGAGAAGCCUAAACCACACCUCGUCGACGAGACGCCUGUUCCGGUACCACCACAGGAACGUAAGGCUCUCGGUACGAUAAGCGGUAACACUCCGCAUCGUCCAGCACCAGCUCCACCCCCGAAGAUGUCUGUUCUCGAGACCGCAACAACAACAGCCGGCGCUAGCGUCACCAAGUCGAAGAAGAAGCGUACGCAUAUCGUUGUCAAUGGUAAGAUUUUCACUCAGAUGGGCAAAAUUGGCAAGGGUGGCUCCAGCGAUGUGUAUUGUGUGAUGGCUGAAAAUUACAAAACGUUCGCCCUCAAGCGUGUCAAGCUCUCGGACUGCGAUGAGAGUGCCGUUCGCGGCUACAAAGGCGAGAUAGACCUCCUCAAGAAGCUGACGGAAGUCGAACGUGUCGUCCGACUGUUUGAUUGGGAGCUGAAUGAGGAGAAGCAAGAAUUGUGCGUGCUGAUGGAGAAGGGUGAUACGGACCUCAAUCGCAUUCUUACCCUUCGUCUCAACGGCACAGACGCCAAGUUCGAUGGUGCCUUCACCCGCUACCACUGGAGAGAGAUGCUCGAAUGCGUGCAAGCAGUGCAUGAUCACGACAUCGUUCACUCUGACCUAAAGCCUGCCAACUUCCUGCUCGUGCAAGGUCGGCUCAAGCUCAUCGACUUCGGCAUCGCCAAUGCCAUUGACACGGACAACACCUGCAACGUACAUCGUGACAGUCAUGUUGGAACGCCGAACUACAUGUCCCCCGAAAGCAUCACCGACACUAACGCGUCUGGUGAAAGGGACGAAGCAGGCCGACCGUUGAAGGACAUGCGUAUAGGCAAAGCCUCCGACGUUUGGAGUCUUGGCUGCAUCCUAUACCAGAUGUCUUACGGGCGUCCACCCUUCGCUCACAUUCAGAACCAGAUCAGCCGAAUCAUGGCCAUUACGAACCCGAAACACGUGAUUGAGUUUCCGGCCACAGGUUUUAACAACUCCUACCUCCCGCCUGCUCUCCGACUAACAUUAAGGAGGUGCCUGAACCGAGAUCCGGAGAUGCGUCCGAAGAUCACUGAGCUAUUAGGCGAUGCCGAUCCAUUUCUUAACCCGGAGACGGAGCGGAAGGAUGGCGCGGUGGCAAUGCAUGAAGGCAUGCUGUUGACGGUGAUAGAGAAGGUGGUGGCAAGAUGUAAGAAUGCACCGUUUCCGACCGAGGCGGAGGUCUUGGGGUGGCCGAAGACCUUUAUCAUGAAGGUGAGG